AUGUUUAAAGCUACUAGAAGUGAAAUAAAUGCAACGAUUUAAAGUGAUUUCGACAUGAGACGCACAUACAGAUCGAAAAAAGAUACUGAGGGAGGCUUGGAUCACAAGGAUGUUUUGCUAACGCUCGACGAUAGAAGUUCGGCUUUCGAUGCCUUUUACAUUCAGAAAUUGAAGCAAACUAAGCGUGAAUUAUCAUGUAUGGGUUCGUCCAACCAGUAUAGUACAACAACUCAAAAAGUACGCAAGAAAAAGUAUGUAAAACGAAUUAUAAAAGAGGUUGAGAUUGAGAACGCUCCCAGCGACUCCAUGUCUCAAUCCACGUAUUUGACGCCGGAUAAGUCUAUAAGAGUUAAUAGGGGACAUGAUUUGUUUGAUCAGUUGCUUAACAAGUCUUCUCCUCGAGAUUUGGAGCCUAUGGUAAAGGAAAAAGAUGUUAUAUUUGACAAAGUAAAGGCUGUGAGACAAACUAAGACCUAUGUUAAAAGAAAAACCAGAAAAGUGAAGAAAUACAAUUAUUCCAGCACUGAAAGUGAAACUGAUAAAGAAAAUGAAACCAGCAACAUAUCUACAAAUAUAACUGAUAUUGGUGCACACAAACUAAUAGUAGAAAAAGAUAUUUCUAACACCCCUAAGUUUCAGGAUGAAUCUAUUAACAAAAUAGUCCAAAACUUAUCUAUAUUUAAUAACAUUAACAAUUUAAAUGCCUCUGGCAGUCCAGUUAUAUCAUUCAAUAAACAUGUAACUAGGAAAAGAACUAAGCCAUCAUCUACUCAACAAUUACAGUCAACUGUAUUAGAAAAAUCUGUUCUAAGUAGCACACCAUUUAAAAAUAUUAGGACAGCAACAUCCAUUUACAAGUUAUCACCAAUUUCUAGACUUACUUGUGAUACAAGUCCAAAUUGUGGAACAAUUGUUGAAGAAAAUUUGUUAGCUGAUGAUUUAAAGUCCCCUUGCAGUAAAAGACCUGUCCCCAAUAUAUUUAAUGUAGAUAAAAGUGAUGUAUUGGAUAUUAGUGUAAUUGAAAAUAACAAAACUGAAAAAGAAAUCAAUGAAAAUAAAGAAGAGAAAGAAGAACAAAGAAAAGUUGAGAGUCUUGAUUGUGUAUCUGUUCUGAGUGACAGCUUAAAUGAAUCAGAUAUGCGUAACUCUUUAGAUGCCUCCAAACCUAGUGAAGUAUUCUUAGGGUUUAGUUGUAUCAAUAAUGAAGUUGAUAAACUUAAACAACUUUAUAAUGAAAUAAUUGAUAUUAGCAAACUAGAUGAUUCAAUGAAUGUAAACACAAGUAUUUCUAUGAACAAUUCACAAUGUGAUCUGUCAUUAGGUGGUUCUAAACCUUGCGAACCAUUUUUUGGCUUUAGUGUUUGUGAACAAAAUGAUAACAGAGGUAAUUCCAGACAAACUUUAGAUAAAAGUACUGAAACAGAUCAAAGUGAGAUUAGUGUAUCUGUGGAUUCUCGAGAGAAUGCAUCUUUAUAUGAUACUUGCAGUAGUGAUAAUGAAAAUAAUGAUGGUGCUGAGUUGUCAAAAGAGCCAGACAAAGAACCCAUAAUCAAUCUCACUAAAAUGAAUGAUUCAGUUUUUUAUAAGUACUAUAACAAAAUGUCGACAAAUGUAUCAGAUAAUUCUGGUAAUGAAGAUAUUGUUGAACAAAAAUCUAGAGGUAGUCAAAAGCAUAGUUUAUCAAACAAUGAUAUUGAUGAAAAGUGUGAAAUUUUCGAUUCUGAUGACUUCUCUAAUCCAGAUCAAAAUUUGAAAGCUACUUGUGAUAAUUCAGAGCCUGAUGAAGAUAGUGUAUCACCACAAGAAACAGAUAAUGAAUCGGAUAUAUCAAGCUUUGAUGACUUGGAAUCUAACAGCAAUGAUGAUGGUGAAGUCAGAUGUUUUGUCAAUACAAGAAGAAAGGUUACAAUAAACAGUAAUUCUAUAAAAUUAAGCUCAAAUGAUUCUAGUAGCAUUAGUAGUGAAUGUAAUAUGACUGUGCUCAGUAGAAGUAAAGCUAUUGUAAGUAGCCCCAAGAAUAUUGAACAAGAUGAAAAAGAAGAUUAUAUUGAGAAUGAUGAAAAUAAUGUAGAUGAAAUUAACUUAGAUUCUGAUGAAAUAGAAGAAACUAAGGAUGAAGUUAGACAAUCUUUUGUCACUACUAGAAAGUCUUCCACGAGAUUUAGUGUAUUUCCAGACAGUCCCGUAGAUAAGCCAGCAAUAGUCCUACACCCUGGCAAAAAAUGGGAAAGGUCUCUAAGCAUCUACAGAAGAAUGACCAUGAUGACUGAUCAUUUUGAUAAAUCUAUCUUAGAAGAAGAACCCUUAAAAUGUAAAGGACGGAAAUACAGAGAGAGUGUUAUCAACACUAUGGAAAUGCAAGAAGGUUCCCUACACAAUGAAUCAAUCAGCAGUCGCCGAAGUACAUUCGUGGCUAAGCCUUGCAGGUCGACCAUAGUGCUCAUAAAAGAACCUAAUAAUGCUCGAGCAAGCUUAUGUAACAAUACUACUCUAUAUGACGACCUGAAAGGUAAUUAAACUUCUGUUAAUUCCUAAAACUGCAUACCAGAUCUAAAAAAAUAAUGUGUCGUAGCAUUAUUUGCAAUUAUUUGCAUACGAGCAAGUUUCUUAUUAUUUUACUCUGGUAACAUUGGCGAGCGGC